UGGCAGCCUUCGGCCGAGGAGUUUUCUAUUUUUGUGAAAAACGAUGACAAAAAUACAGAUAAAAGGGAUUCCUUGCGACUAAAUAUAUCUUUAAUGAUCAAGUAUUGAGAAAAUCAGACGUCGUUAUGAAUAUAAUGCGUAAAGUAAUGGGUGGUCACACCCGUCCUGUCACGGAAUCAGCUGCGCAGAGUCAUGACAAUGUCCUUGGUCUCAUGCAUCUCCGCAAACUCUUUAACGAGUUCCGCCAUCCUCCCGGCGGGACCACUCAGAAGGAGCAAGAGGAAAAGCUGUAUGCAAUGUUACCUCUCUUCAUCAAGGUGUUUGGCUCAUCACAUUCCAGUGAUAUGACAGAGAAGUUCAGCGAUAUACUUCAGUUCUGCAGCCACGUAUCUAAACUGAUGGUCAGCGAAAUCAGACGGCGCGCCUCCAAUCAAUCCACAGACAUGGCAAGCUGCGCGAUUGUCAAAUUUCUUGAAAUCGAAUCAACAGAAGAAGCUAGCAAUGGCUGGAUGUUACUUAGUGUUAUCAACCUCCUCUCAACCGGCUCCCCCAGUCUGAUCGACUGCAUGACAGCUGCAUCACUACCCUCGACUCUUGUCAAAUGUCUCUAUCUAUUCUUUGACCUACCUGACGUGAUCGACUCCAAUCAGACACCGGAGUGUGCUUUCACACCCAGAGAGCGCAGAAUCCUACUGCAGAAAGUGUUUGUGCAGGUUCAGAUCCGGCUGUGUAGCCAUGCAUCGCCGGCUGAAGAACUUGCUUUGAAGGAUGAUCUCACAUUACUGUUCAGUGCCAUAACCAGUUGGUGUCCGCCGCAUAAUGUGCCGUGGCGGAAGAGCUCCGCUGAGGUUCUCAUGACACUUUCUCGGCAUGGUCUUACUCCAUCAGUUGUGCAAUAUAUUCAUGAGAAAGGCUGUGUGGCACUAUGUAUAUACAACAUGCAGAGAGUACAAGAACUCUCACCAUUGGAAAUCGUGGAGAUGUUCGUGACAGUAUUUUGCUUCCUGAAAGACUCGAGUGAAGUGUCGCAGGUUCUCCUUGAUGACUUCAGAGCUUGUCAUGGGUAUAUAUUUCUGUCGGAAUUCCUCUUGAGGUUGGAGCAGGACGAAGCAGAGGAAGCUAAACAAGCUCUGCGUAACCUGGUGCUAAUUGUUGGCUCGCUGACAACGUGUGGAUUUAUUGAGCUCAAGCCAGGCACUGCCAGUACAGGGUCAUUAUUCCAGAUGCCGGGCUUCACGUUACCACAACCCUCUGGCAAAGGAGUGAGUGUACGGAACAUCCAAGCAUUUCAAGUGCUUCAGUCAGUUUUCUUGAAGUCGAACACAACGCACCUGUGCAGCACCAUACUGGAUGUGAUCAACAGCAUUUACCACCAGGACAAUGCAAAUUACUUCAUCCUGGAACCUCAGCAUACUCUCUCGCAGUUCACAGAAAAGAUACACAUUAAGCCUCCGGAAAUACAGCAAAAGUUUUUUGAGAUCCUCGAGUUCCUGGUUUUCAGUUUGAAUUUCGUGCCUUGUAAGGAGCUCAUUAGUCUCAGCAUUCUUGUCAAAACACAAACGUCUGUUGAGACAAAUAUCUACUGCAUGAAGACACUACUGAGGAUUCUGCGCCAUCACAGCAUCUUCAAGGAUGUGUUCCGGGAAGUGGGUCUCUUGGAGGUCAUGGUUACUUGUCUCCACCGGUAUGCUGCGUUGCUCAAGGAUGUCAGUAGCGAUGAAGAAGACGUGGAGCCUAUCUCAGCAGAAAACCAGGAGAUGGGUUUCCUGGCGAUGGAUGGUCUUUCUCUUACACUAAAUGGAAACUCAAGUAAUGCUGUCGUCUUCAGAGAAUGUGGUGGUGCCCGUUGUGUUCACAACAUGGUACCCUAUCUCGUCUGCCGCCAGCAAGCUCUAAGCAUAAUACAACAACUGAUCUUAUCGAACGGUGGUGAUGACGACAUGGGCACGUUACUUGGACUAAUGCAUACUGCUCCAACUGAGGCGCUGGAACUUAAGACCCAUGUCUUGAAGGCAUUGUUGAACUGUCUUAGGGAGAGCCAUCGUACGAGAACUGUGUUCCGUAAGGUUGGAGGAUUUGUGUAUGUGAUGUCUGUUCUGGUCUCUAUGGAGGGUUGCCUUGCUGAUCCACCAAAGUCUCCUUGGGAAGGCAUUUCUAGAAAAGACAUCCUGAUGUUAUUGAAAUCAGUCUUCAGCACUUUGACAAUCGCAAUGCGUUAUGAACCAGCCAAUGCAAGGUUCUUCACGACAGAGGUCAGAUAUGGAAGCCUAACUGAGGCAGUCAGGUUGUUGGGCUGUUUCACCACGUGUUCAAAGAUUAAAAAUUGCAGUGAUAACUGGACUCUCAUGGACGAGCCACCGUUUGAUGAAUUCUUCUGCCUGAUGAAGGAAAGCAGGCUUCCACAAGAUAUCCCCAAAACUUUGGUGUCUGCCUGCCGUAUGAUGAGGUAUCUUUAUGACAUGGCUUUGGAUGCAUUCGAUAGACCUCCAGCACUCUCACAAAAACCAGCCGGUGUCAAACGAGUCGUGUCUGGAAUGGACGUCUCACAGAAUUCCUUAUCAGCAAGUUCAAAUUCCAAUGCUGGCAAGAGGAACAGCACGGGGAGUUUGACCUUGACCUUGUCAGCUAUGCAGCCUGAUCCAAUCAUCGUACACUCUGGUGCUGUCACAUCAAUUCUUCAUCUACUGCCCGCGAUACAGUGCCCAACUGCGAAACAGCUUGAACUGGAGCUUCAAGUGCAGACGGCAGAGGUCUUGAAGUCCCUCAUGAAGAAGGAGAGGAACCAGCAAGUGAUGUGCGAGGCCGGGCUCCCCCAUGAACUCCUUACUUACUGUGAAGUGUCCCUGUAUAAUGAAGCUCACCCCCUUCACCCACCGCUGCAGUACGUCUUUGAAAGGCUUGCGGCACAGUCUCUGACACCUAAGGAUCUUGUUGACUUUCUUCGGCUGGGCUCUCCCCUUUCCUGUAACGACUUGGACGAAAGAUUUGAUGCCAUCAGGAAUGACACCGAAGACAUCGAAAACAACAAUGAUCGCCGCAACUUCAAACUCUACGGGGGACAAGUCCCAUUGACGCGGGUGAAAUGUUUGGUAUCCAUGACAACUCCAAGAGAUGUUCGCCUCCAUGGCACGACCUUGACCCCUGCGUUUGUAGAAUUUGAUAUGAACGCAGAAGGAUUUGGUUGCCUCUACUUGCCCAGUAUUGCUCCCCAGGGUCCUCCCACGCCGUCUGUGGUCGGCGUCGGCAUGGUUGGAAACCUUGACACCUCCAUCGUUGGGGGAAUUGGAACUGGUGAGCGUGUCUUCCCACCUCAAUAUGGCUUUUCCUUCUCGACUUGGAUCUGCGUGGAUAAAUUCUCAGAACCUGCUGAUGCUCAUCCAGUACGCUUACUAACGAUUGUGCGGACUAUCCAAGGCCGUGAUGAAAAUCUUGUCUGUCUGUCGGUGUAUCUUUCGCCCCGGGACCGGGCACUAAUAGCAUCGACGCAGGAAACUAUGAUGCUAACACAAGCUGCAGAGCAGUUCCAAGAUCCCAACCUGAGUGAGAAUACUGUGCGAUUCUGGUGCCAUGAGUUGACGCAGGAGGGGCAGUGGCAUCACCUGGGACUGAUAUUUCAUCGAGCUGGUAUCAUGAAGAACAGCAGCAUCAGUGUGUACAUUGAUGGAGAACAUAUAGCCACGCAGAAGUUACUCUACAUACCUACCUAUGUCGGAAGUGGCAAGGGAGUCACCUCGCCGCUUCACUACAUCUCUCCAAACAUAGGUGGCGGUGGUAAUCCAAGUGCUGCCGCGGUUACGUCAGUUUUCACCUUCAUCGGUACGCCACCACAGAUCAGGAAACAAUCAAAGCUCAUCUGGCGGCAGGGGCCUUGCCAUCUUGUUGAAGAAAUCCUCUCAGCAAGUAACCUCAAGAAUAUCUAUGGACUUGGACCAAACUAUAUUGGUUGUUUCCAGGCUCCAGUCUUUGACAAUAGUGAUACCGUCAGCCCCCUCGUAUCGGAGGAUCGAGUCAUCUUUUCAAUUCAUGCUCAUACCAUGUCACUGAUGACAAUCGCCAAGAUACGCAAAGUCUACAACAAGAUCGACAGCAAAUCAAUAGCAAAGCAACUCUCAAUGUCAGCCCAUGAGAAUGCUACACCAAUCAGAAUCCUCCAUAAUGCAGCGGCUCAUCUUAGCGGACCCGCACGAUCACUUGGAGCUAUACUUAUGGGAUAUUUAGGUGUCCGUACUUUCUGCCCGAAGCCAGUUGCAAAGAUGCUGGAGAAUGUUGGAGGCACAAGUGCCCUGUUAGGCCUGAUUGCCAUGGCGGGUGAUGUAGAAGGCCUGUAUGCAGCUGUCAAGGCAUUGGUCUGUGUGGUACGCAACAACAAGUCGGCCAUGAGAGAGAUGAUCAGGACCAGGGGCUACCAGACCCUUGCCAUGUUAUUCAAGAAGAAGCGUCACCUCAUGAACAGCCAUAUCCUUCACCUGACGUUCUCGCUGGUCGGAACGGUGGACAGCGGCCGAGAGAGCACCGUCAUUCCCAACAGAAUAGCCUUUGAGGACCUUCUGUGUGACUUAGAGGUCUGGCACGAGGCGCCUGGUGAUCUGCAGAGAUCUCUCUAUGAACACUUCUUUGAACUUCUCACAGAAUCAAGUGAGCUCCAGAGUAAUUUGAAGCUGAUGAGAGAGGUAGGCUUGGUGAACAAGUUGCUGCAUAUCCUGAAGGAUUCUACGUUAUCGGCCAUCACCAUCCAAACCAUUGUCAGUGUGCUCCAGGUCCUUCUGACGAGUUGCCCUGACCAGAAAUCUAUACUUCGAUUUGGUCAAUUUCUUGUGUCGACAUUACCCACAUUCUCUGUGAGUGAGGUCAAUAUCUCCAUUGACGAAACGGAGAGCAGAGAACCAGAAAAAGCAUCGACCGACCAGCAACCAGACGAUAUAACCAUUCCAGUUCCAACAAGUUACUCGGGACUUGUUUCACCGCAAGCUAUACGUCUGAGGAAUACAUGUCUUAAUAUGGUUCUGAGGCUAGUCACAAACUCAUCGACUAACUUGGGCAACCAACAAGUGUGCGAGGAGCUCCUGCGAGUGCUUGGCUACGAUUGGUUACUGUUGUUCAUGCAGGGCCAUCUUCAUUCCUCAAGCGUUGUCCUUGCUACCAGGAUCCUCCUGGUCAUGCUCAGUGUGCCAAGUGGUUUGGCCAAGUUCCGUGAUGGAAGCUGUGGUGGAGGCUGGCUGUGUGACACUGAGAGCAUUUUGCAAAGUCGUAUGGGGGUGUUGCUUGCUGGCUUCAACAUCGGUAGCCAGAUUCCUCGCGGUCAGAAGCGUGAAGUGAACCAAGAAGUGUGUCACAUCCCUGGCUUUACAGCACUCCAGUGGCUACUCCCCAAACACGCCCACGUCCCAGAACUGUAUUUCCUGUUGAUGGCUUUACUGCUUGGACAGCAAGUGAAAGAGAUGCCAGAGAAAGUUCAGGAUGCUCUGAUCAAACAGGUAAACGGAGGAUUUCGAUCAGCUAACUUCUCCACAACAUGCUCAAAGCUUGGUCAAAAAGAAAUACCGUUCGACCUUGAUUCAGUCUGGACGUACAUCUUUGGUGUACCCGCCAGUCAGCCAAUGACUGGAAACAGAAAGGAGGCGAAGCCUGACAUAUGCCCAGAGGCAACACUUGUCAUUCUUGCUAUGAUUCGCUCCAUGCUAAACCAAGCCUGGCAGACUGAAGAACAUGGCUCCUGGCUCCGAGAAUACCCUGUCACCUUGAUGCAGUUCCUCCUCUUCCUCUAUCACAAUCAGUCAGACUUCGUCCCGCUUUGUAUGAGCAGCGAGUUCCUCUGUGGCCUCGCUGCAACGUUGUUCCCCUACAGAAUCAACUCAGAGAACAACAGCGAGUUGUCGUCGCCGAUAGACGAAUUCAAGCCAUUCCCUGGGUCGGACGAGACCAUGGUUCUUGUUAAGUCUGCAGAUAGAGGUGGACAAACCGGCUACCUUACCCAGCACCCGGCAAGGAAGUUUGUGAUGGACUUUCUACGGAUGAUCGUAGUUGACAGUCUGUCAUUAUCUAUGACCAAGCAGCCACCAGUUAUUGACAUAUUACUCGAGGCGUCUCCAGAUCAUGCAACCCGAGCUCAGCAGAAGGAAUUCAAGACGGAGAUAAUGAAAAGUCUGAUGGACCACCUCCUUGCUGCUGAUGCCCUGAUGGGGGAGCAGGCUGCUCUGCCCGUUGCCACUGGGGGCAGUUACGCAAACAUGGCCACCAAUAUCUUCUACUUCAGCGCCAGGGUUGUGGAUAAAUUGUGGCAGGGCGCCUACAUACGCGAUGCCAACGAAGUGUUCUACUUCAUCAGUAAACUCAUAUCACAGGCCAAAAGAAAAUCUUCUGGUCUCUCCCUUGAUGCCAUAUACAAAUGCCUAAACCGAACCAUCCUUUACCAGCUUUCGCGGCCAACGUACAAUGUCGCUGAGCAGAUGAACAUCAUGGACUCGUUACACAAGCUGACCAGUAACAGAAGCCUGGUGUUCGGGCCCGGCAACUAUGACCAAGAGUUCAUUGGAUGUCUCUGCUAUUGCCUUCUGCAGUUGACUGAUGACCCUUCUAAUUUAAGCACUGUAAAUACAAUCGAAUCUCCCUCGGCUUUGAGGACGACAACGUGGCAUAUCGAUCCUGAUGCGGACGAGAUUGAGAUCACCAAGAGUGGUGAGAGCACAGGGACACAGGAAGGCCUACAACUGAUAGCCAAUGCUGCCACCAGGGUGUGGGAGGAGCUGUAUGUCUGCAAGAAACCUGCGCUUGAGGAAAUCUUCAAAGUGACAUUGAGCACCAACUCGGACACACCCAAAAUCAGCACACCUGAGCUCAAUUUGGUCAGACCAUUGAUCUUCGAAUCAGCUGCAAGGAUGUGGGUGGCAUUUGUAGAAAGUGAACGCAAGUCGACAUUCACGGAACGUGAGAUAAUCAAGUCGCAGAUCCAAUCUGUCAGUGGGAAACUACAGAAAGUUGGUAGUGGUGUUCUACGGUUGGCCACAAGGAAACCCAAGAAGGACCUACCUAUCAGAGCAUCACCAGCAUCUGUCCAGGACAGUAAUAUGUGGACAUUCACGCAUGUCUCCAUUGUGAAGGACCUAGUCCAGUUCCAGUUCCAACAGUACCAGCAGGGGCACCAGUACAUGCAGAAAUACCUGCUGGAGGAGUGGGAACAGACCGAGACGGACCUGCUCCGUGAGCGAGGGCUGUGGGGCCCGCCACAUGGGUCAAGGCUGGACAAGUGGCAACUUGAUAUGACGGAAGGGCCAUUCCGCAUGAGGAAGAAGAUGAUGAGAAACAGCUUGUUCUACCGCCAUUAUCCUUUCAGGCCUGAAACAGACAGCAAUAAACCCACCAAGUACAAAGUAGCAAUCAGCCUCCAUAGUAAGGAGUACUACGCAAGGUGCCGUGCAAGGAGUCUGGUCGGAGAAGAGAUCUCGGACACCAUUCCUGAAGGGGACCAGAUGGAGGAAUUGGAGGAGGUGGAGCCAGGUAGUAGCGGUCUCGAGUCAGUCGUCUACAAGCGCGUCAAUAGCAAUAAGUCUGGCAACGAAGAUGAUGAAGUCUUUGAAACGGAUACCAAUCCGGACAAUAAUCCUGAUAACAAAGACCCAGAGGAUCGAGGAUCGGAGGAACGGACGGAAAACCGGACUGACAACCAGACGGUCAUGAGGUUAUUGGAAGAUGGAGAGAAAAUCAGUCACAUGUACCGGUGUGCUCGCAUCCAGGGACUGGACACCUGUGAGGGGUUGCUUCUGUUCGGGAGGGAGCAUUUCUAUAUCAUUGAUGGAUUCACGUUGCUUCAAACGAAGGAAAUCACAGACAUUGACAAUCUACCACCCGAGCUCCAUGAUCCUAUCAUACCAAGGACUGCCAACUCAGGAAAAACGGAGAAGCGGUUAUGCAGUAAAUUUGCAUAUGAAGACAUCCGAGAGGUUCACAAGCGGCGUUAUCUCCUCCAGCCAAUCGCCAUUGAGGUCUUCUCAGCCGAUGGACGUAACUACCUGCUCGCCUUCCCAAGGAAAGUCCGCAACAAGAUUCAUGCACGAUUUAUGUGUGUUGCCACAGCGAUAACUGAUAACGCCCAACAAUCUGUCUCUGGUCAGAGGCAGAAUGCCAAAGUAGAACCGGGUGCUGGUUUGAUCAGUAGUUUGAUUGGAGAGAAAUCAGUUACGCAGAGAUGGGAGCGUGGGGAAAUCAGCAAUUUCCAAUACCUGAUGCAUUUGAACACGUUGGCUGGCCGAUCGUAUAACGAUCUUAUGCAGUAUCCAGUUUUCCCGUGGAUCCUGGCCGACUAUUCCUCAGAGGAACUUGACCUCUACAAUGCUGCCACCUUCAGGGACUUGUCUAAACCUAUGGGAGCUCAAACUCCAGACCGGUUGAAACAGUUCCAGAAGAGGUACCAUGAUUGGGAUGAUCCGCAAGGCGAGACUCCACCAUAUCACUAUGGUACCCACUACUCUUCGGCGAUGAUCGUCGCCUCAUAUCUAGUCAGGAUGGAGCCAUUUACUCAACAUUUCUUACGGUUACAGGGUGGUCACUUUGACCUUGCAGAUCGGAUGUUCCACAGUAUCAAGGAAGGCUGGCUCUCUGCCUCCAAACACAACAUGGCAGAUGUCAAGGAACUCAUACCAGAGUUCUUCUACCUUCCCCAGUUUCUAGUCAAUUCAAAUAACUUUGAUUUUGGUGCUAAGCAGAGUGGCGUGCUUUUGGAUAACGUGUUGCUCCCUCUGUGGGCCAAGGAUGACCCAAGAGAGUUUAUCAGGGCUCAUCGGGAGGCCCUAGAAUGUGACUAUGUCAGCGCUCACCUCCAUGAGUGGAUUGAUUUAAUAUUCGGCUACAAACAACAGGGUCCGCCCGCAGUUGAGGCGACAAAUGUUUUUCAUCACCUCUUCUACGAGGGCAAUGUAGACAUCUACAACAUUGAUGAUCCUCUGAAGAAAAACGCAACAAUAGGAUUCAUCAACAACUUUGGACAAAUACCAAAGGCGCUUUUCAAAAAACCACAUCCACAGAAACGGCUUAAUGUCCGUAACUUAGAUGCACCGACCAUGGGGCCACUGAUCCAAGGCUUUGCUGACAAACUCUUCUUCCACAACCUGGACAACCUCAAGCCAACAAUGCAACCCAUCAAAGAGCUAAAAGGAGCAGUUGGCCAGAUUGUGCACAAUGACCGCACAAUCCUGGCAGUGGAGCAAAACAAGGUCCUGAUCCCGCCACUCUACAACCGGUACCUUGCCUGGGGAUUUGCUGACCUCAGCAUAAGGAUUGGCAACUAUGAUUCAGACAAGGCAAACCUCGUCUUUGAGAAUGUUGACAAUGGAGACAUCCUCUGCACUGCCUGCCCAAGUGCCAGAUUGCUCAUCACAGGUGGUUCAAGUACUGUCGUAAACGUUUGGGAGAUCGGCCAUGGAAAAGACAAGCGACAACUCAUCCUAAAACAGCCACUGUACGGCCAUACGGAACCUGUGACGUGUCUCGCAGCUUCAGUGGCUUUCAACAUGAUCGUGAGCGGGUCACGUGACAGGACGUGCAUCAUCUGGGAUAUGUGUCGCCUGAUCUUUGUGCGUCAGCUCCACGGCCAUGCCGCUCCUGUUGCGGCGGUCUCCAUUAAUGAACUUACUGGUGUCAUUGCCACAUGUGCUGGAACAUAUCUUUACGUCUGGAGUAUCAACGGAGAGGAGAUCGCUAACGUCAACACUGCCACAGCCAGAAAUCAACAGAUCUUAUGUGUGGCCAUGUCACAGAUCAGUGAGUGGGACGUACGCAAUGUGAUAAUGACAGGGAGCAGCGAUGGAGUUGUGCGGAUGUGGAGCGUCGAGUUCGUUCAAGUUCCUGAGGAAGAAGGUGAAAAACCUAAAGAAAAGGAGGAAAAGCUUGUGGAUAUCCCAGAUGCAUCACCCGUCAAAAUUAAUGCUACUACUGGCCCUCUGUCCAUAGAGGUCGCUCUCUUAAAAGCCCAGAUGAAGGAAUUCAACAAGGACGAAUACUUAGCAGCACAAAAAGUUGAGUUGGGAUCGUCGGCGGAGAGUGAAGGCACUCUGGAUAGACGUUAUGAGGAGAUCAGUAAUGCGGAAAACUUACAGAAAAUCACUGCUGAUGCGGACAUUCUGACCCGGAGACGUAGUCUCAUAUCUGAUGGGCCGCUGCUCGGACAAAAAAGGACAGAUCUGGGCGACUUGUUGACGUUUGACGAAAAUCCCAGUUUAAAUGUAAAUAAAAGUGCAUCAUCAGUAUCAGUGGAUACCGCCAUUGAUGCGUUGAUAGAAUUUGAAGACACUGACGUGUUUGAUCCAAAUUGUAAAAAUCUCAAUUCUACAAACUCUGAUCGCAUGAGCACAGCGAGUGGUGACCUGAAAAUAAUAGUGCCUGAUCUUGAGACUAGUUCUACAGGCCCUGUGACGCCGUCGUCAGAAUUUGAAAUAGUUUCUGAGAAGGAAGUCAAGGAAGCAGAGAAGACGAUGGAACAACAGAUCCAGAAGUUCAACCCGACAAGACACACAAUGAAUCAUUUACGGGAUGGUUUCAAGUGGCAACGACAGUUGAUAUUCCGUAGUAAGUUAACAAUGCACACUGCCUUUGAACGAACUGAUAACAAGGAACCUGCAGCGGUUACUACCAUAGCUGUAUCAAGGGACCACAAAACUGUAUAUGUGGGUGAUGCUAAGGGUCGAGUGUACAGCUGGUCAGUGACGGACCAACCUGGCCGGGUCGUGGCUGACCACUGGGUCAAGGAUGAGGGAGGUGAUAGCUGUCUUGCCUGCGGGGUCAAGUUCACAUUCUCGGAGAGGAGACACCAUUGCCGCAAUUGUGGACAGUUGUUCUGUUCCAGAUGCAGUCGGUUUGAAACGGAGAUCAGACGAUUACGUAUCCUGAAGCCAGUACGAGUAUGUCAGAGUUGUUUCAAUUCAUUACGGUUACAACAACAGUCAGAAGUCAACGUAACGGCCUGAGGGGACGCCACCAGUAACAGUCAUGAGGAUGUUGUGAUAAGGCAAUAGGACAGAGGCAGUCGGAUCAACGAACCAUGGAUGUCAAUUCUGAGGAAUUUACGUAACUUAUACCCUCUGGCUUGAAGCCAAUUGUACAUAAUCGAAUAAUGUGUGUAAACUUUGGGACAUUACAUGAAUGUAUGCAAAGAGUUAAUCAUUACAGUGUAAAAUUCCUGGCGACCAAAAGAUAGACUUAAAUGUUAUCAGUGUGUAAGUGCAUGUGUAAGUUAAUGUCAUCGAGUACAACACUUUAAUUUUGUGAUAUGAGUGGUCACAUUUAAAGCUCAUCGUAAAUUAUGGAUGCAAUUUUAGUUCAAAGCUUAAGGACUUUAGAUACAUGUAUUUAGCAGGAAUUUUGGGAAGGUUUGAUGAAAUUAAUGAAUGAAUGAUUCCUGGAACUUUCAAAUUGUUUCAGUAUGAGAAAUGAUCGGUUUUUGCCUAUCUGUAGUAUUGACGUUGCCUGACAGUGUUACUUCAUGUUGUAGUGCUGUAUCCUGUGGGUUGUCAUUAGGUGACCUGGAAUUUGGAAAUCACUUUGUACUCAUCUUAUAGGAGGAAAAGUUGGAAUGUUCCCAGAGUUCGUUUGAAAUGCACCUCUUCUUUGGUAGUGUUAUGCCGCACUGAAGACAUACGUAUCUCCUAGCAUUUAUGUGAGACAAUCUGAAGAAAAUUGCCUUUCAAGAUGUCAUUCUAACAAAGUAACUGCUAUUGACUUGUGUCAUUUUCAGUACAGAAGUUCCUCAUUGCCUCAGUCAGAAUUGCUGUGUUCAGUCGGGGGGAUACAAGAACAAUACCAUUGCUCAAGACAAGAAAAUGCCACAUUUGCAUUUUUCCAUAUCAUUGAAGCCUGGGCUUUAAUCAGAAUCAAAUUUUAGAAAUAAGGGAAAACAAACUGUAUAUAUACCAGUGACCAUGGUAAAUGUAAUCUUAUUUGUUGUCUGAAAGAAAAUGUAACGAGUGCCAAAAUUAUAUGUGUGGGACAAUAGACUAGUUUUAAUAAUACUCAACCCUAUUGUACUUAUUGGGUUAUUCUUGAACAGGCAGUGCAGUGUUAAUUUGGUGUAAUAGAAAGAGUGGACAAUGAUACCGAGAUGGAGUGUUGGAAGUCUGAUACACAAAGUUGGUAUUUGCUAGCGGUCCCUUGGUUGUCAAAACAUGGCUGAACCAGAGUUGAAAUCUCAAAUGCUUUCAUGGGUCGCCAAAUAAAUGUUGUGUACAUAUUUGUAAGUAAUGCUACAGUUAUUGUUAAAACCAUGUGUUGUAAACUUAAGCAAUGGUCGAAAGCAUUGCUCUGUACAUUUAAUGUUUCAGAUGCUAAGUGGGUCCGUUGACCCCUUCGCAACACAUCACCCGCCAGGCGGGCGAUGCGUUCGGGAGUUGGCCUCGGUGUCUAUUUUUGCCCAUAACUCGCUUACUAUAGGUCCAUGCACUUGAUUGGGAACCACGUUUACGAAGAGAUCCGCCACUUCACGUUACAUGUAAUGUAAAAAUGCAUGGUGACGUGACGAUGGCCAACACUACGUUGUGUAAACCUUGUUCCCAAUCAAGUGCAUGGAUCUAGAGACCAAAUGCAAUUGACAGAGAAUUGAAUUCUAGACAAAGUAAGCUUGUUUUGGCACACCUGACAUCGACAUAGCCUAAAGGGCCCGGCAAACAAGCGAUUUUUUUGCUAUGUGUAGUGACAAACAAAUCUUGUCUGGUGGUAAAACCGCCAAUUGCUAGGUUUGAUAUUGAUUGACACGAUCACUGAUUCUUGUCACAUGAUAGGGCUUUCUCUCCUGAGAAAAUCUUUAAGAGUAGUCUGAAUGUUCAUGUAAAGCUAGCUGAUAGCAUUGUCUAACAGUGUUGUUGCCCAGUGAAUAGCUAUGCAGAUACAAGACAUGUUUGUUGAACAUAUUUAACCACUACCUGGACAUUAAUAGACAAAUGACCAUUCUGUAUCGGGUGAAACUUUUAUAUAAGGGAAAAAUUAAUCCAUUUGCCAGAGGAUGGCGUUGUAGAAUGCUGUUCUGUUGAUCUAUUGAGGUACAUGUACUAACGUGAAGCAGUUACUUGGGAACAAGCUCUUUGGUAUGCAUUUUCAGUGAAUAGAUGUCCUCGCAGUUUUGACAGAUUAGUAGCUUCUGCUUUAAAUACCCAGCGGUAUCCAUCAAGCAUCAAGCAGGGACUAUCUAUAGACACAUCUGCAUUUGGAUCUUUCAUUCCUGACUGAGUCCCUACCUGUCAGGUUGGGCAAAGCUCCAUUAAGAAUAAGUAAUAUGUAUAAACUAAUGUGCUAAUUUGGCUUGUAUAACAGGCUAGUUGAUAGCCGUUUGGUAAGAAGUCUUGGAAGCCUAGGGUGGGAUACUGUAAGUUUUUUGUCUUCAUGUGCAGUCAAGUAGUGUGCGAGAAAUAUGAUAUUUUCUAGAAAAUGAAAAUAUGGUGAUUAAUUUAAAGUGCCAAGAUGUAAAAUGCUUCUUAGAACCAUCAAAGAAAACCAGAAUAAUGUGUCUUGUGUUUCAAUGUGUAAAUUGGAGUUCUAAUAUCAUCUGUACUUAACUUAAUGGUUGUACAGGUCAAAUGUAUUAAUGUAUUUGAGUUGGAUAACCUGAAAAAGUACUAGGCCUGUAUGUGAAGUGUGCGAGUACAUACAUGUAUAUGAGUGUAUAAUAACACCAUGAUGUACUUUGGCAAGGAAAUAAAGCAUUAAAUGAUAA